UUCAGUGUGCUCGUAUUCAAAACGAUUUCUUGUGCUUAAAAAUUAAAUUAAAUAAAUAAAUUAAUUAGAAGCCAGGACAGGAGGCUCAACCAGCGGGCCAUGGUGAACCCGCCGGUCAAUGGCGGUUCCUCCCGCCUGGCCCUGUGCCUCAUCCACUUCGUGCUGGCCGUGAUCUCCGGCUGGGGCCUGAAACGGAGCACCGGCAGCCAGGCGAUGGCCGCCUUCGGGAUCUACUUCGGGCACAGCCUGCUCUGCCUGCUGCGGCACACGCACCCCAAUCCGGGUGCACUGCAGCGGCUGCUGUGCGACAAGUCGCGCCGCUACUCCUGCGUCCUCUUCGUCACCUUGGUGGUGGGCGAGCUGCAGGCGGUGAAUCCGGCCACCCGCAUGGCGGACUUCUUCGGCGCCGACUGGGAGCGUCUGGCCUUCGGGCUCUGGAGCUGCGUCCUCACGCUGGCGGUCACCAGCCUGUGGUUCGGCGGCCCCGGCAGUCGCAGCAGCAGCAGCAGCUCGCUGGGCGCCACCUUCGUCCGGCUGGAUGCCGCCCAACUGGGCCUGUGCGUCCUCUGGAACGUCCAGUGCCUGUGGCGCAUCGCCAUCGUCGACGAGCACUGGUGGUCCCUCGGCCUCGCGCUGCUCGUCCUGCUCAACCACUUCGUCCUGUGGCGCCUGCCGCUGCACUACAACAUCACCCAGCUGGAGGUGGCCACCGUGGGCAUGUGCUUCAGCACCAUCUUCGCGCUGAACGCCAUCCAGGAGCAACUGGAUGCGGUGGCCAGCUGAGGACAGCUGCAAGGGAUUGGGGAACCAGGCACUGGGGACUGGGGCCUCGGUUGCUUAGUUCUAAACGAAAGCACACACAUUUAUUAACUACUAACCGUUAGCUGUACGUUGUUGAUCGAUUCUUUUGUGUAAUAAACCAGUGUUCUUCAUUUAAA